AGCGGCGGCUCUGCGUCAGCUGACCAGAGUCCGCGUAGGAGGGGUCCGAGGUCUGGUCGGACAAGCUGACCGUGUGGCGGGACUGGUUGGGCUGCCGACGGACGGACAGGCUGGGGCGGCCUCGGCGGCGUUAGCUGAGCAGAGGCAGUGCCUUCAAGGAACGAUGCUCAUUCAGAAAGGGAAGUUGUGACUCAUUCAUUCAGCAAGUAAGGGUUUUCCUGGGGAAGAAUCUUCACUCAGUGUUUGCUGACAGCCAAGAAUGGCGAGCAAGGGGCCCUCGGCCUCUGCAUCCCCUGAGAACUCUAGUGCAGGGGGGCCCAGCGGCAGCAGCAAUGGCACUGGAGAGAGCGGAGGGCAGGACAGCACCUUCGAGUGCAACAUCUGCCUGGACACAGCCAAGGACGCCGUCAUCAGCCUGUGCGGCCACCUCUUCUGUUGGCCGUGUUUACAUCAGUGGUUGGAAACCAGACCUAACAGACAGGUGUGUCCAGUUUGCAAAGCCGGCAUCAGCCGUGACAAGGUCAUCCCGCUGUACGGCAGGGGCAGCACCGGGCAGCAGGACCCCAGAGAGAAGACCCCACCCCGUCCUCAAGGACAGAGGCCAGAGCCAGAGAACAGAGGGGGAUUUCAAGGGUUUGGAUUUGGAGAUGGUGGUUUCCAGAUGUCUUUUGGAAUUGGAGCAUUCCCCUUUGGGAUAUUUGCCACAGCAUUUAACAUAAACGAUGGGCGGCCUCCUCCAGCUGUCCCCGGAACGCCCCAGUACGUGGACGAACAGUUCCUGUCACGCCUCUUCCUGUUUGUGGCCCUGGUGAUCAUGUUCUGGCUACUGAUUGCCUAAUGCUGGGCUCUCGGCCUACAUCCACAGCAGGGCCUCUGGACCUGUGACACGCCACCCCCAUCUUGAUGUUUGGCUUCCUGGCUAAUCCUGACCCCCUGGAAUCAGUGGGGUCAGUAACACAUCAAGGAGUCUUGUUUUUCCAUCCGAGUUGUGGUACUUAAGACCAGUUGUUGAGGACCCUGGAGGAUGGCCACUGCUGUAAACACCCUGCUAUAACCUCAGGCCUUAGCAUUGAGUCAUCCCUCAUGGGUUACACCGUGAAAUCCUGUUCCAGCCAGCUCAGCAGGGCCUGACUCUGCACAGAGAAGAGGCAGGAGGAGAGAAACUGUCAGAACAAUUUCACUUGAGUUUAAUAUCGCACAAAGGGAUGAACCCAGUCGUACUUAUGGGAACUUUUUUUCAUCUCUUUAAAUACCCCUUGAUAAGUGGCCUCUGAAAUCAGUGGGACUCAUACAGAGAGGUUCCCCUUCCAGGUCCCAGUGCCGUUCUAUCCUAUUUCCUCCCUUCCUCCUCAGCAGAGAUGCAAGAAAUUGCUGUCCUGUUAAGAUCAUAACUGCAGCAGCUGAAGCUGGAGUUGCUUCAUGAAUUCACCAGAGACCCAAAGAUCUUUUAUUGCCUCUGGGCCACGCUGGUGUCUUUGGCUCCAGAGUGGCCUGAAUGACCUUCUGUUUUCCUGAUGUGGAUUAUCCCCAGAGACACAUGGCUUCACUCACAGAUUUCCCAUCAGCUUUCCCCCUAAAAUUGUGCAUAUCUGCCUCUCUGCCAGAGGGCAUCUAGCCUGGAUGACUGCUGGAGCCGGGGCCGACAGUGCGUUCGCAGAGACCUGCGGUUGGGGCUCAGGUGGAUUCGGAGCUCGGAUGCUGGAAGGACUGAACACGCAAGCCCUGACCCCAAGGUGGCAGGGGCUCCAGGUGCAUCCUUUCCCACACCCCUUGAAGGAAACUGGGGGCCUUGUUAAGUCAUCCCAGCUACAUGUUGAAAACCACCCUCCUCAGAAGCCAAAUUGUCCUUUAGUGAAGAGGCAAGGAAGGGGAAGACCAGCAUGUGACCCUGACUUUGGUAUGGCUUGAAGACUCCUCGUCUGUGUGCUAAAACGAGGGAAGCAUGGGACUCCAGGGCAAGCAGCCCCUGGUGGUUCGUAAACCAGGCGCAGAGCCUGGGAAGCCUUAGCACGAUGGUAGGAUGUGUUCUUUCUAUAGAAGUUCCCCAGAGACUUCCAGGGAAUCAUUCUUCCCAAUCCCUGAUUUGUUUUUUGACUUCAGGCUUCUUUCUCUGAAUCUGAUUGAGGGAGUGUGGGGCCGGCAGAAGGCCAGUUCACUUAGUGGGAUGGUUCUUGCUUUGCCAGUCCAGCCUCUUCCUAGAAAUCCAGCGUAUUCCAGGAGACCCUGAGGGUGAGGGGAGAUGGACUUACUCUGGGGGCCUCUCUGUCACUUCACCAGUCCACUCUGCUCCUGGUUUACCCCCAGCAAUAGCCAACAAGUAGUCAAAAGCCCCACCGAGUGUUUUUUCCAGAUAUGACCCUGCAUAGUGUGUGGAAACAAGACCUUGAGAAAGAUGAGGGAAGCCCUUCUCCCCUCUCCACAGCACCACCCCUCUUCCCCCUUGUACCUUUCAAUGCCAGAGUUCAGUGUUUAAAGAGACAAAAUGCAAGUAUUGAAUAGGUGAUUCAUUUACCGAAUCUGUUUGGUAGGAGUAAUCCACCAGCUUUACAGUGUGCCUGAUGGAUUCUAAACAUUCUCCUGGCACCCACUCACCUGGAAAUCCCUAAAGUCUGAGGGGCCCCUGGAGUUUCUCAGUGCAAUGGCCCCACCUAGUGAUGAGAGAGAGGACUUCAGUCAGAAAUGGGUUCCAGAAGAAAGGUUAUUAAAGAAGGGUUGUAGGUGGGAAGAGAAUAACUUAGACCCUUAAACGAAGUGGAGUGAGCCCAGGAGCUCCACCAGCAAAGGCAUCCCAGGAACCUGCUAGCAAAGCCAGGUUGGCCACCUGCCCUUUGAUUUUGAACCUUGAAGCCCCCACUCACCCUCUGCCAGGAGAUGGGGCAGAAGAGCCAACUUGGGACUGCUGGCCCAGCCCCAACAGGGAGCCCCCUUCCCACCACCCCUCUGCAGGCUCACCACCUCGCCCUUCUGCCUAGGCAGUUUUGCUCUCUUUUGUGUGUGUUUUCUAUGUUCUUGGCCUCCACCCUCCUCCUGCCAUCUUUGUGGAUUAGGACCAGGUCCCAACCACGGUCAGAAAAUGACACCGUGUACAGUGGCACACCUUGACCAGUCACUAAUUUUCACUGUUGUGAAAGUGAUUUGAUUUAGAAUUAAACAAAUGGUUUUACAUUAC